CUCUCGCUUGUUACGGAUCGAUUACGAUUGCGCAUCGUGUGUUGUUUCGUGGUUUCUUGCUGAAAUACUACCGACCAUCAUCAUGACCGACAUCGUGAAGAUCGCAGGAUCUCACAUCCUCAUAUACGAGGCCUACUACAAACAGCUUGACCCCCAGGAAACGAACGAAAUACCAGCAAUGCCUGCGGCCAAGUUCCUCAAAAGAUCCGGUCUCAGCGACGUGGUGCUCAGUCGCAUCUGGGAGUUGUCGGAUCCGAACGGCCACGGGUUCCUUACAAAGGAGGGCUUCUUCGUGUCGCUCAAGCUGAUCGGUCUGGCACAGGAAGGUUCGGAGAUGAACGUCAAAAACGUUUACCAAGAACUAUCGAAACCACCGAAAGUGGGUGACUUGCCCAAGGUUCCAGCUCAAGUAAAAAUGCUCCCGCCCGAAAGUACCGACUGGUCGAUGCGCCCGGAAAAACGCCAGCAGUACGAACAACUGUUCGAUUCGCUGGGCCCAGUGGAUGGUUUGUUGCCCGGCGCGAAGGUCCGCAACACGCUCAUGAACUCGAAGCUACCAGUCUUGACGCUCGGCCGCAUCUGGGAUUUGGCCGACCAGGACCGGGACGGUAGCCUGGACAAGCACGAGUUCUGUGUGGCCAUGCACCUGGUGUACGAGGCGCUUGAUAAGCGUGCCAUUCCGGCGGUGCUUCCGCCGCAGCUACAACGCAACUAUGCCGCCCCCGGAACAGCGACGAAUGGUAACGGUUCGUUCGAUGCUUUCGGCGGAGAUGGCUUCGUGGCCAACUUUCCGACCGACAUUGCACCACCACCGGUUGUGCCACCACUUCCGGCAGCGCUCAACCGACCACCGUCCGCCGGUGCCAUUCCACCGAUGAUUCCGCCCGUUCCGCUGGUUCCCCUUCUGCCGGGUAGCACCGGUCCGAUCGAAGUGACCAGUUGGGUCGUUUCGCCGCUGGAGCGCUGCAAGUAUGAGGAAAUUUUCAACAAAAGUGACACCGAUCGGGACGGGCUCGUGUCGGGUCUCGAGAUUAAGGAUGUGUUUCUGCAGUCGGGCGUGGCGCAAAACAAACUCGCUCACAUCUGGGCGCUCUGCGAUACGCACCAGUCGGGGAAACUGAAGCUGGAAGAGUUCUGUCUGGCGAUGUGGUUCGUCGAUCGCGCCAAGAAGGGUAUCGAUCCACCGCAAUCGUUGGCCCCCAACAUGGUGCCACCCAGCUUGAGAAAAAGUUCACUCAUUCAGGCUCAGGAACCGGCGCAACCGACCUACAGCAAUCCGGAACUGGAGAUGAUUUCCAAAGAGAUAGAAGAGCUGGCCAAAGAACGUCGCCUGCUGGAGCAGGAAGUAGCGCAGAAGGAGGCCGACGUGCGAAUCAAGAGUGGAGAGCUGAGAAGUUUGCAAAGCGAACUGGACACACUGACGGCCACACUGAAGCAGCUGGAAAACCAAAAAGGUGAAGCUCAGAAGCGUCUGGAUGAUCUCAAGAAUCAGGUGAACAAAAUUCGUGACCAGUGCCAGAAGCAGGAGGCCACACUCAAGGAGCAAGAAGGUGAGCUGGACUCGCGCCGUUCCGAGCUGCAGAAACUGAAGGACGAGGAGCAGGCAUUGGAGAAGGACUAUCACGCCUGCACCAGAGAGGUCGAUCAGCUUACCUCGCAGCUGCAGGACACGCAACUCGAAAUUAGCCAGGUGAAGGCCGUUUUCAGCCAGAUCCAGGAGUACAAGCGGCAGAUGACCGAUGCCCUGUCGAUGUUCAGAACGGCAAUCGAAGAUAAUGAUCCGAUUCUGGUGUCGGAUUACUCGCUCAAGAUCGAGCCCGAGUUCCGCGAAGCGAAGCAAGCGCUCGAGGACAAAGAAGUGGAGAACGCCAACAAGCGUGAUCCAUUCGGGGACAACAGGGCGAACGGAUUCAGUGCCGCUGAGGCCGAGACCGGGUUUGGUGAUGACUUUAAGACGAACGGGUUCGCGACCCAGUUCGAUUCGGGUUCACACGGUGUCAGUGGCGGCGGGUUCGGUGACGAAGGAUUUGGAGCAUUCGACCAUUCGACCAUGGCUGGCAACAAAUCGCACACUGCCGAUCCCUUCGCAGCGUCCGCCGCUGAUCCGUUUGCCGAGCGAAAGGGUGGUGGCACGGAAGCGGCCGCCAAAGACGAGUUUGGAUGUGAUCCGUUUGCCAUUCUGCACGCACCUACCACCGGGCAUGCGCUUACACCCAGUCCCAGCCGAUCGGUUGCUCCACCGCGGCCGGAAUCUCCCAGCCCGGCACUACCACCGAAAAAGGCAAAGCAACCUCCACCGCGGCCGGCUCCACCACGGCCAAUGCAGGGUCCUACACCUACCAAACCUGCACCACCGGCGUCGGAUGCCUUCGGUGAUAGUAGCGGCGGUGGCAGCUUCGCCAACUUUGCCGACUUCGACAAUAAGUGAAUAUCAUCUUAACAAGUAGUUAUUAAGACACUAACCAAUAACCAUGGUGCAUGAGUGAUACUCGCGAGCAGCGAGAGGGAGAG